CCAUCUUCUAUUCCCCAAGUAGAGAGCCUUUUCUCUUCAACCCCACAAGACCACAACCCAUUUUUUCUCCCUUAACCUCAAUUUUCUCAUCCUAUAACAAACUUUUUUAUUUCACGUUGUUUUUAAUUUAUAAUUUCUCGUGAUGGGCAAUUACAUUUCUUGCACUUUGGCUCCUCCUUUGAUGAAGAACACAAGGGCAAAGCGCGUGAUCUUCCCUACGGGCGAAGUGAAGCAAUACAAGGAGCAAGUGAUCAAUGCCGCGGAACUCAUGCUGGAGUGCCCUACUCACUUCUUAACCAAUUCCAAGUCUCUACACAUCGGACGCCGGUUUUCGCCUCUUGGCGCUGACGAGGAGUUGGAGUGUGGCAACGUCUACAUCUUCUUCCCCAUGAGAAGACUCAAUUCCAUGGUCACCGCCGCUGACGUGGCGGUGCUCUUCAUGGCCGCCAACAUGGCCACAAAGCGAAUAUCUAGUCGAGAAGAUUUAAUAUCACGUGAUCACUCAAUUGAUGUUAUUGGAAUAAAUGAUGAAGUCCCAAGGUUGAGCUUGGAAGGGCUUGAGGUUGAGUCAGGGUUUCGGAAUAGGUUAAGUUAUUGUAGGUCAAGGAAGCCUGUGUUGGAAACCAUCAACGAGGAACCCAUUUGGUUAAAGUGAAGAAAAGUGAAAGGAAAUAGAUAGAGGAGUCCAAAACAUCAAUGUAGGUACGUUAGUAGUAGAUCUUUGUUGAUGAUCAUAUAUACAAUUGAAUUGUUAUGUGAUAUUUAAUUGAAAGACUUUAGAAAUAGAGAGCUAUUGUAGAUUAAUGUAUUUAUAUAUAUACAACACUUUUGAUCCUUUAUAGAAAAGUUUGAUCUAGGAGGUGCACGGUGGAUUUGUACAAAAUUCAUCAGAAAGAAUAAAAAUUAUAUGGGUGUAUAUUGACUUAAUUUCUUCUCUCUUUUUUUUC